AUGUCCACCAUGGCAAUUCAAUUGCUUAACCACCACACACCAACCUUAGCCCCAAAACACCUCCGGAGACCGUUCCCCGCCUCCUCCCUGAAAGCGCGAGCGGCGCUGCCGGGCGGAAACGGCCGUGAGCUGAUCCAAUCCGGUGCGGUCGCGCCCAUAGCACCGAAAGAUGCGGCCUCAGCAUUGGGCCCGGAAGGCUACACGCUGCUGGACAUCAGGCCCAAUUGGGAGAGGGAGAAGGCACGUGUUUCGGGGUCUCUGCACGUGCCGCUGUUCGUGGAGGACACGGACAAUGGCCCCAUCACUCUGCUGAAAAAGUGGGUCCAUUUUGGGUACAUCGGGCUGUGGACGGGCCAGCGGUUUACGGCGAUAAAUCCGGGUUUUGUGGAGCGGGUCGAGGAUUUGGUACCCGAUAAGAAUUCCAAGGUCCUCGUCGCUUGUGGAGAGGGAUUAAGGUCUUUGGUGGCUGUUGCAAAAUUGUACGAAGUGGGAUACAAAAAGUUAGGAUGGUUGGCCGGAGGAUUUAAUCGAGCAACCGAAAACGAUUUCCCAAAAGUCGAAGGUGCCGAGAAAUUGCAGUACGCAACAGUCGGAGGCGCAUCUUAUUACUUUCUCAAGUUGCUAAUCAUAUUACAAGCCGCUGAGAAGGAUCGAUUCAUCCGAGCCAAGGGCUCGUGA